UUUAAAUUAGUUCAUUGUUGCAAUAAAAACGUUUGAAAAAAAAGACAUGCAUUAAAAAAAUUAGGAAGACAUACAUCUCCCUAUGUGGGCAUAUGUCGGGUUGAUUCGUGAUAGACUCCCACUUUUGUUAUGUCAUCAAGAGUGAACAGGAAAAGUCGAGUUUUACAUGUGUCAGCAGCGUCAUCAACACUUGCGUUCAAGCGCUGCAGGCCCAAGUGGAGUUAAGUUUCUCCAUUCGGCUCAGAAGAACUAUGCGUAACUCUGGCAUACAUCGAAAAGGUGUGCAGACUCGCGCUAAUAACAAUGCCACAGUGCAGAUGGACACACGGGAGGACGUAGCGGACAGUGCCACCAGCAGUGCAUCUUUGGCCCCAACUGCUUUGUUGAGGGAAAGAAGAAAAUCCCAUGAGAUGGAGAUGCUGCAGAUGAAAGUGGAGUGGCAAAAUGAGAAGACUGAUGAGCUGACCAAGGAGAGGGAUUACUUGACAGAACAGUUGGCAUCAGCUCUUAAUAAAGACAGGAAAAGCCUAACAAAGGCCUCUGAAGAGGCAACAAACUUGUCCUCCAAGUCCUCUUCUGACACCUCCUUUGUGUCUUCCAAUUCAUCAUCUCACUCCUCCACUGAUACAGACACGUCGUCGGAUGAAGUCAGGAAGAGGAGGAAGAAGAAGAUGAUGAUGAAAAAGAAGCAAAUGAAGAAAAGAAAAAACAUACCCGAGAGCCCAAAGUCCAAUACAUGUGGUGUCCCGAUACAAAAGUAUUCUGCAGCUCUUCAGAAGAGGAGGGAAUAUGGCUACAGCUUUAAAGCACUAUGGAGUGGACAGGAACACAGUUGUCAUCACUGCUCCAAUCGCAGAGCUUUCUAUUGUUGCCCCUAGCAAGUAUAAAGAUGUCUUGAAAAACUACAACCACCAGGUUAAGCUCUCUGUAUUUGCAGCACAGUGUGCCUUUGCCAUUAAGGAGGAUGCAGCGAUAGAAGAAAAGGUUAACAUAUAAAUAUUAAAUGAUUUGGCGUUAUGUGGCUCUAAUU